CAGGAGAGAUGGCAGAGAAAACCCUCGACCAAGAAGCCUUUUCCUGCUCCGUGUGCUUGGAUCUACUGAAGGAUCCUGUCACUAUUCCCUGUGGACACAGCUACUGCAGGAGCUGUAUCCAACAGCACUGGGCCCAAGAAGAUGAGAAGCAGAUCUACAGCUGUCCUGAAUGUCGCCUCACCUUCAGCCCCAGGCCUGUCCUGGUUAAAAACAUCAUGUUAUCAGGUUUAGCAGAGCAGCUGAAGAAGACAGUGCCCCCUGAUCCCUGUUGCUAUGCCGGACCUCUGGAUGUGUCCUGUGAUGUGUGCGCUGGGAGGAAGCUGAGAGCUGUCAAGUCCUGUCUACAGUGCAUGGCUUCAUACUGUGAGCGCCACUUACAGCCUCAUUAUGAUGCUGCAGCAUUACAGAAACACAAGUUGAUGGCGCCAUCUCACCGGCUCCAGGAAAACAUCUGCUCUCAACACGACAAAGUGAUGGAAUUAUUCUGCCGUAGAGACCAGCAGAGCAUCUGUUACCUCUGCUCUGUGGACAAACAUAAGGGUCAUGACAUAGUGACCUCUGCCUCAGAGAGGGCCCAGAGGCAGGCAGAGAUCCCAGCCAGGAGGGCCCUGCUGCUCCAGAGUCUCCAGCACAAAACGUCAGACGUGAAGAGGCUCCACAAGGAGGCUCAGGACAUCACCCACUCUGCCCGGGAAGUGCUGCAGUGCAGUGGGGACAGCUUCACACAGAUGGUACGUCUGCUGAAGAAAAGACGCUCUGAAGUGGAGCAGCAGAUCCGCUCCGAGGAGCAGACCCAACUGAGCCGUGUCCAAAAGCUCCAGGACCAACUGCAGCAGGAUGUGAGUGAGCUAAAGAGCAGCCUUUCUGAGCUGGACGUACUGGCCCUCACCCAGGAUCAUAACCAGUUUCUACAGCUCUACUCUUCACUGUCCCCACACACACAGAGCACAGCCAGGAUUCACACGGGGGACUGGAGGUACUUUGAGGAAGUGACCAGAGCUGUGUCCAAACUCAAGGACACACUCCAGCUCACUCUGGAGGAGGGUCUGUCCAACGUCUUACCAAAUCCAGUCCAAGAUUUUCUGUUACCAGCUGAACCCAAGACCAGAAAGGACUUCUUACAAUAUUCUGCAGAAAUCACCCUGGACCCAAACACAGCUCACACUAGAUUGUUUUUGUCUAAGGAAAACAGAAGUGCCUCUGUUACAUGGUUAGGUCAGAUUUAUACUUAUCAUCCAGAACGAUUCAGUGACUUGAGGCAGGUCCUGAGUAGAGAGAGUCUGCCGGGCCGCUGUUACUGGGAGGUGGAAUGGAGUGGGUUGGGAGUCCGUGUAGGAAUUUCUUACAAGAAUGUUCCCAGAAAAGACGACUCAGGUGAAUGUGGAUUAGGAAACAAUAAUAAAUCCUGGGCUUUAAACUGUGACAAAAUCGGUUAUUCCUUUUGGCAUAACAAAGUCCGAUCCAACGUCUCAGGUCCGGUCUCACCCAGAAUUGGGGUUUACUUUGACCGCAGUGCAGGGGUUUUGGCAUUUUACAGCGUCUCUGGAAGUACCAUGAGCCUCCUCCACAGAGUUCACACCACUUUCACCCAACCUCGCUACGCUGGAGUCUGGCUUUAUGGGUUUCCUAGAGACACUGUGCAUUUUCCUAAACUCAAAUAGCAGCUUUGUCCACAAAGGUUGAAGUUAUUUACAUAUGGGAAUGGGCUCUGCAAAAAACAACAUAUUAUUUUUCUUGAAAAAUCUUGUUCUACUUCUAGUUUCGGCCUGUACAAACAUCUUAAACAGUCAAUGUUUCAGUCUUCUCUCAAAUUUUAGUGCUCUUGGGUGUGUUUAAAACGUGCACUGUUUAUGCUAUUGAGCAGAAAUCAAGUGUAAAAGUUUUCUUUACAAAAUGCCAGUUGUUAUGAACAUUAAUCUUUUGUAUUAUGUUUUUGUCACUGUGCAUUUUCAGUGUUUUUUUUCUGUUAAAUUCUUAUCAUAAUUCUAAAAUGUUUUUCACUGCUUAUUCAGUGGUGAA